UUGCCGGGUUCCAAACGGUGACGGGAGCAUAACGUGAGUCACUCGAUCGGUCCCGGUUGCGUUAGGACAGACACACCAGUCGUUUUUCCUUAAUGGGAAUCUCCGCGAAUACCGUACUUAUUCCCCUGCAAUUUGAGGAAAGUGUGGAUUUUUUAUAAGAAGCUACAAGGGCCCCGGACGGUGCACUUGGAUUUUUUUUAGUUCAGAAGAGAGAAAACCCUUGCGAGAUGAAAAAUACAGUCUUUGUUUACUUCGUUUUAUUUUUAAUGUUGGGGCUCAGUCAGGGCAGAGUGGUGAAGGUCGCUCAGGGCCCUCUCACCCGCGUGGUGGGACAGCCGGUGUCGCUGCGCUGCGACGUGUCGGACUAUGACGGCCCCCUGGAGCAGGACUUCGAGUGGCAGCUCCUCAGGGGAGACCAGUGGCUCAAGAUCAUCUCCACAUUCGACGUCACCUUCACGGACCCCUCCCUCCAGGAGCGCGUCGACAGCCACGACAUCGCCAUGGAGAGGCUUGGCGACAGCGCCGUGGAGCUCAGGAUCCGGAGUGCCAGGGCCGAGGACAGUGCCAUCUACCGCUGCAGUACCCCCAGCACUGACACGGAAAUCAGCGGGAACUACGAAGCUGAAGUACAGUUGAGAGUGAUUGGGGACAGCCUCAAGGUGGCACCGUCGGCCCCUCCAGCCGUGGUCCCAGAGGGCAGUCCGUUCAGCCUCCGCUGCAACGCCACACAGAACUCAUCGGAGCGCACCCACCUGUCGGUCACCUGGUCUCUCCGGAAGGGGGCGUCCUCCGAGGACAUCCUGACCUUCGGUCCUGACGGGAAGGUGACAGUGGGGAGCAGCUUCGCCCAGCGCUACACAGACGGGGGGCUGCGUCUACACCCGCGGGGGGACGGGGAGUUCGGCCUGGUCCUGACCGAGGCCCUGCCCGCCGAUCAAGGCGUGUACGUGUGCACGGCUGGGGUGUGGGUGCAAGAGGGGGCCAAAGUUUGGCAGAAGAUCCAGGAGAAGAAGGUGGAGAUGGGAGAGGUUCGAGUCACUCCCACAGCUCAGUCAAUGACAGUCACUGUGGAAGACAACACCACUCUAAGCGUGGCUGAAACCCUCAAUUUGACCUGCACUGUUGCGGCUGAUGACCUUGAUGCCGUCAGCCUAGAGGUCGCGUGGUUGGUCGUCCCCAGCGCUGGGGCUGGCUCAAUGGGCCCGCAGGUCCUGGUCCAAAUGGGCCGCGACGGGGUGGUGCCGGACGGGUCGGAACUGGUGGGGGUCAGCCGGGUGGAGGCGGGAUCGUUCAGGUUGGCCAUGCGUGGCGUGGAGCGGUCCGACUCGGGGCUCUACUCCUGCCGGGUACGGGCCUGGAUCCAAAAGAGCAGUGGGGAGUGGUACCAGGCGGCAGAGAAGACCUCCAUCCCAGUCCAGGUUCUGGUCACUCUAAUAGAGCCUGAUUUCCGGGUCACCCUCGGAAGCAUUGUCACCCCGAAGUUCUCCGGGGACCCCACGGAGCUGGACUGCAGCGUGACAGACGUGUCACGGCUGGGGGAGGGGCGUCUGGGCGUUUCCUGGCAUUACACGGAGACCACGCCCAGCGACGCGCCCACGAGCACGCACGCCAUCGCCGCGCUAGACGAGCAGGGGAACCUGCAGCUGUGGGAUGAGUACCGCGAGCGCGCGGAAAAGGGGCACCUCGCCCUGUCCAGGGUGAAACCCGACACCUUCAAACUCCGCCUCCUCCACACCCGGGACUCCGACAGGGGAGCCUACUCCUGCACCGUCUCCGCCUGGACGUACUCCCAAAAGGGGGGCUGGAAGAAGAGCAAAGACGUGCGCUCCGACCGCCUGGACAUAGCCUGGAGCUCCAAAAACCCAAGCCUUGGUGUGGUGGCCCGGCGUCUUCGGGAGACGUCCUCGGCCGGCUCCACGUUUGAGAUGAGCUGUCAGGUGAUAGGGCAGAAUCUGCAGAACCCGGAAUACUCGGUCCUGAUCCAGGUGGAGAAGACAGUCGGGGGACCGACCCGGAAGAUCCUGUCUCUGAGCAAAGACUCCAUCCUGCAGCUGGAGGACUGGAAGGAGUCGGGCCGGCUGGACAGUGUGGUUCUGGAGAAGACCGGCUCACGCGAGUUCCGGUUCCGACUGUACGGAGCACAGGUCUCAGACCGGGGGUUCUACUUUUGCGAUGUGAGCGCUUGGACACGUGGUCCAGGAAGCGGGAACGACUGGACCAAAGCCAUUAGCGCCGAGUCCAACAAAAUUGAAAUCAGCUUUCCUGAAACAGGGCCAUCUUUCAACGUGUCCAUCCGCUCAGACACCACCAACGUCUUCCCCGGGGAGACAGCCAAGAUGCAGUGCGACGUGACCAUCCUGGGGCCGACUCCCAAUGCAGACGACGUGUCGUACGAGGUGAAGUGGUUCCUCAGCCGCUCCCUGGGCUCGGAGAGCGCCUUCUUGCUGGCCAGCAUGGACCGCUGGGGCACGGUGAGGAAGAGCCCGCGCAACAGCAGCAGCGACUGCAGCCUGGAGCGGACGGACGGCCGCUCCUUCGGCCUCAGCAUCCACAGCACGCAGGACAGCGACUCGGGCCAGUACCACUGCACCGCCACACCCUGGCUGCGCUCCCCCGACGGCGCCUGGACUCGGGGUCACGACCUCACCUCCGGCACUGUGUUCCUCACAGUCAACCUAGCACUGUGGGACUCCAUGAAGCAGCCCUUGCUGUAUGGUGCGGGGGCCUCCCUGGCUGUAGGGCUCCUCUCUGUACUCCUCGGGCUGAUCUGCGCACGCUGCUGUUACCGAAGGUCCUUGCACACGCCACUGGACGUUCACAUGGAGAUGGACUGACUCGCGGGGACUCUGGGCCGCCCUGAUGUCACGGCAACCGGCGGCUCCCAGCUGAUUGAUGGUCUGUCCUGUUGCCAUGUGGGAGCACCAGUGCGAGAAGGGAAUUCUAGGGGCAACCUGGGUCUGUGGAAACGACCACCGAAGUAAAACACUUACCAAGCCUUGACGCACUGCGCUGACCUCAGGAAGACAUCUCUGGCGGGAGGACUAUCUGCCUUAGUGUCUGUUUAAAACAGAACUACUAUUUUCACACUACGAACAGAAAUUACUCUUCAGAGCCUUACAAAGAGUGGGGUUUAGGACGGUCUCCGUGCUAGAGAGAGGGGGGGAAAAGGGACAGGGAGCUGCUCGGCCAAUCCAUGAUGAGAGCAGUAGAGAGGCUUGUGCUGACUUCGCGUCCUGGUCCUGCUCCCCUGGCCACAUUUCCCAAGUCUUGAUUCCUGUCCUUGUUUCCAACCCUGGCUCUGCUUUACCAGCCCUAUUCUCAGUCAUUAGGUCAAUGCGAAACACCUCGUCAGUGACUGCACUGAGGAUGCCUGAGGACCCAGGAGCCCAGGCUGAUUUCAACCUUGUGUCGGAUUACCAGCCCCGAGCUCUGCCAGACCCUCUGGAGAGAGCCCUGCUUUACCUCGGGCGGGGGGGACCUCAUUCAUCCAGACAGGGUUCUGCAGACGGAGACCUCUGAUUCUUGCACCUUCCCAGAUGUGACUCAUUGCUCUGGUGCUGAUCCAUACACAGACCAUCCGGCCCAUGCCCACCCCCACCGCAUCCUGAGACCCAUUUUAGUCACACUGCUCCCCACACAGCCAUUACACACACGCCUUUUGGCCAUACAGCUCCCCUUUUCGUCACACCACACCUGUUCUGAAAGCAGGAGGGGGAGGAGCUGAGGUUGGCCGUGUCCCUGCCUGUGUGGGCUUUCGGGUGACUACACUUUAAUGGAACAAAGAGAGCCCCACCCCUUAGGGGGUGUUUUGCCCGUCAUUCAGUUAUUCCCACACGCGCUUUUCCACACACACAUUCCCAUACACGCUUAUCCACACACACAUUCCAUACACGCUUAUCCACACACACAUUCCCAUACACACGCUGCUGUUGUCAGGCAACAUGUUGUUUAUGGGGGGCAUAGGAUGCAUAGGAACUAUGAAGGGACAUUUCUGUUCCCCUGAACCUCUA